AAUUGUCAAAACUGUAAAAAGUAUUUUUGGACCAAACAAUGGCUCAUUUAAGACGACUUCAUUUCCAGAAUCGCAAGUAUUGCUCGACUAUAUCUGCCGCCAGUUUACCUGAUUUUAGCGAUUCUUAUUUGGAGGAAAUAAAAAAAAAGAUUCGCAAAAUAACAGAAAUCGACGAAACAAUUGAAACAAAUGGCAUUUCAGAGCCAAAGGUGUCGUUAUCGCAAAGUGGUAGCAAUCAAUCACAGUGUGUGUCCGAAGUGGUCGGAAAUGCAGUCAUAUUCUCUCUUAAGAAUCAGGUCGGAGGGCUUGUUAGAGCUCUGAGGGUAUUUCAGGAAUUGGAUAUAAAUGUUAAACAUAUUGAGUCCCGUCCUUCAAAAAGACGAGAUUCAGAGUUUGAGAUAUUUGUUGACAUCGAUUGCGAUGACAAAGAAAAGAUGACACAAUUAGUACAUCAUUUAAGACAUGAGGUCGACGGCUGUACUUCUGAGGAAUUCGAGCGCUCAUCGCCUAAAAGCAAAGAAAAAAUACAAUUAUCAGUCCUCAUGACACAGCCCUCUAUAGAUACGGAGUUGUUGGGAGAGAACGGAAUGCCGUGGUUUCCAAAACGAAUCUCAGAUUUGGACUAUACUUCCAAUCGAGUCUUAAUGUAUGGCUCAGAACUCGAUGCCGACCAUCCGGGGUUUAAAGAUCCGGUUUAUAGAAAAAGAAGAGAAUAUUUUAUAGAAUUGGCC